AUGAAAGCUACUCAGCUUUUCGUGCAGGCGAACGAAGCAGUGACCCUGGACGAUGUGUUGAUUUAUUUGGGCGAAUUCGGCACGUAUCAAAGGUACCUUUUCGGCCUACUGACGGUGUUCUGCUUGUUCCUGAUCUUCGUGUACUUCACGCAAUCGUUUCUCACCAUCCUGCCGAAUGAGUACUGGUGCAGACUUCCGCGGGUCGAGGGGGUGUCCGUGGAGAGAUUAAAGAAGAUCAUGAUACCCAGCUCGAAAGUGGUCCCUUACGAGGGCCAUCAGUUAUCCUACUCGAGAUGCUGGAUAUACGAUUUGCCUGUGAAGCAGGCGCUCGCCGCGAACAAACCCGACGAAAACUGGCCGUUGAAGAAAUGCAAAGCCUGGGAAUAUAAGCUCAGCUUGUCCGGCGUGCCUUACAUGUCCGUCGCCGCGGAAAAUAAUUGGGUUUGCGACGAAGAUUACAAAGAAACGCUCGCCCUGAGUGUCUUCUUCGUGGGCUCGGUUUGCGGAGGUCUGGUGUUCGGCUGGCUGGCCGACAAAUUUGGCCGAAUACCGGCUCUAGUCAGCACAAACAUAUUAGGAUUCAUUGGCGGCUUCACCACAGUGUACAUCACCAAUUUCCCGCAGUUCUGCAUCUGCAGGUUCAUCGUCGGAUUGGCUUACGACAACAUCUUUGUGCUCGCUUACAUACUCGUUCUAGAGUACGUUGGUCCAAGAUGGCGCACCUGGACGGCGAACAUGUCCUACGGAAUAUUCUUCACCGUCGGCGGCGUGUGUUUGCCGUGGAUGGCCCACGGGAUCGCCAAUUGGAGGAAUCUCGCGUUGGUGACGUCCAUUCCAUUGGCCUCUGUCGUCGCCGCGCCGUUCCUUCUUCCCGAAAGCGUCAGGUGGCUGAUCAGCGUGGGCAAGCUCGAGAAAGCUUUGAAGAUCAUCACCAAGAUCGAGAAGGUGAACGACGAAGAGAUACCGCGGGAUGUCUAUGAGGAGUUCCUCAGCGAUUCUAUCCAAACUUCGGAAGCAUUAGCUGCGGAAAGCCACACCAUACUCGACCUCUUCAGGACCAAACGCCUGAGGUAUUCCAGGACUUAA